CUUUCAGUCGGCGAAACGUGACUAGAUUUUGCGUCGUUUGAUCGCAGGGAUUCAGUCGACAGUCAGACUUGAAUUCGUUCAGUUCUCGGCAAUAACUUCCACACUCAACAUUCCUUCUCCAAGAAAAUUCACGACUAAUAGUCAUGAAACUGUCUUGGAAGCAAGGAUUGAGUGUUUGGGCAGCCACGACUUCCUGUCUGCUUUUAGCUGUAUGGCUCCGUUACUACCUGACGGAUAAUGGUUUCAUUAAGGAACCCAAUCAGACGUACGAUUACAUCGUUGUCGGUGCUGGAACGUCAGGCUGCGUACUGGCCGCUAAACUGGCGGCAUCAGACAGCAAAAUCCUAGUGAUAGAAGCGGGUGGCGAACCGCCAUGGUACAGUUGGAUCCCUAUCGUUGCACCCAUUCUUCAAGGCUCCGAACAGUACGACUGGAGAUUCCGCACCGUUCCACAGAAAUUCGCAGCUGGAGCGCUCCACGGCAAUCAAGCCUUCUGGCCGCAAGGUAAAAUGGUUGGUGGUAGUGGCCAAAUGAAUUUUCUAAUUCACGCUACGGGAUCGCCCUCUGAUUAUGACUCGUGGAAAGUUCCUGGUUGGGAUUCACAUACAAUGAAAAAAGCAUUGGACAGACUGACAUGUUGGACAAAGGGCAUUGUAAAACCUUUCGUUGCACGUCCUUCGUUUCUAUUAGAUGGUGAAUCCGAAAUGUGCAGUGCUCCCGUAUUGGCUGAUAUAGAAAAUUCAACAUCUUGCAGCGAAAACGCCCAGCAUUUUCAGUGCCCCUCAGCGGCCGUUAAAUUGCAACGUGUUAACGCCACUGAAAAACCACUUCUCAAGGCUUUCUUAGACGCUGGACGAGCCUGUGGCCAUUCAGUGUCCGAAAUGGAUCGAUGGAGUGAUACUGGAUCUUUCAUGGCUUCUCAUAACACUAUAGAAGGAAAGGCAGGCCAGCGUUGGAGUACGUACCAGAGCCACUUGAUGCCAGCCAUGAAGCACUACAGUAAUUUGCACGUCUUGACAAAGUCUUCUGUUACCAAACUUGUUUGGAGGCGAAAUAAGGUUAUUGGGAUUCAAUAUCUGGACGCUGAUGGGCGGAUCAAGCAUGUUAAAGCAGGCAAAGAGGUCCUUCUCUCAGCUGGAACCAUUAAAACCACUCAGAUACUUCAACAGUCCGGCAUCGGACCACCACACGUACUGGAACCCUUAGACAUACCUAUGAAAGCUGAGCUUCCAGUAGGAGAAAAUCUUCAGGAUCAUCUUCAAAUUCCUCUUUUCGUCGAGCUUAACGCAUCAGUGAGUUUAAACAUUGUCAAAAUGCUCCAUCCUCGACAAUUUUGGAAUUACAUGGUCCAUGGGAAGGGAGCCUUGGCCACAUCUGGGAUUGAAGGAAUCGCUACACUCACUAAGAAAAGAGAAGAUGGCAAACCUUCGAAGCCUUACGGAAUGCUGAUCCUCUUUAACAUGGGAUCAAUCAACGCGGACGUCUACACGUCAGUGGCCAACAUCAAGAAAGAGGCUUUCCAUCGAUGGUUUCCCAAAAGUAGUAGCUUGUCUCAAGAAGGUUUCGUUCUUAUUUCUAUCUGCCUGCACCCACGCUCACGAGGUCACAUAAGAAUAACAUCACCUGAUCCGAUGCAACCACCUGAAAUCGAUCCUGCGUACUUGAGCAACGACUACGAUGUACAAUGCAGCAUCGACACCAUCAAAGAAGGUGUAGAGCUUUUAAAUACCGAUUCCUUCCGCGCAUUGGGAGCUCGAGUACAUUGGCCGACUUUUCCUGAAUGUGGAAGCAAGCAAGGGAUUGAUAAUCAACGUUACCUGGAAUGUUUAGUACGGAUGGCUGCUUUAACUAUGUACCAUCCAGCUGGAACGGCUACUAUGGGACACAAGGACAACCCAGAUGCAGUGGUUGAUCCUGAGCUCAGGGUACGAGGAGUAAACGGUUUGAGAGUUGUCGAUGCUAGCGUGCUUCCUCGUCUACCAUCCGGACCGCCGAACUCCGUUUUGGUCGCCAUGGCAGAAAGGGCAGCAGAUUUCAUUAUAAAUAAACAUUAAUAAUAAGCCAAAGAAAGUGUUUAACUGGGUUACUGAAUUAAUACAAAAUUUCGUUGGA